GACAACUUCAUGCGAUUCACUACCAUAUGUGUCUAUGCGUACACAAGUGAGACAGAAAGUCAUUUUGCUCGGAGAGCGAUAUCUACAUGUGCAAACUGAUCUUCCCGUCCUCCCCAUAUAUAUCCCACCCCGUCAGUCAGUAAGUCAGUCUUCCUCCAAGAGCCUCUGCAUCCUCUCCCUCAGACUCAUGCCCUCCCUCCCAUCACCAUCAGACCCGCCCUUCCCCCUUGCCCCAUCAGUAUCAGGCGUGUCGUCAUCGGCGGCUAUGGCGCCCGCAGCCUCCAGCCAGACACGCAGCUCCUCAUCUUCAAUGUGCACUGUCGUCGUGUCGUCGCUGCUGUCGACAUCACGCGAGUCGCUCGUGGCUUCCUCUUGGGCCUUGCGCUGAGAACAAACACCAACUGCAUCAUUGAUGGCUGGAAUGAUCCGUGUUCGUCCGUUUCUUGCGGACCGUUUGCCGCUUCUUGUUUGCAUUUCUCUUCUUAAUCUUGGCCUGCACAAACACACACACACACACACACAGACGGACAGGCAGACAGGUAUACUACAGGCCAAGACGAGGUCGCUCAUUGUGCCGCGUACGAUCUUCCGUCCCAGCUUGCUCUCCCUCCCAUUGAUCAGCCAAUCGAGCUUCUCCUGCAGACACACAGAACACACACCCGACCAACCGUGAACAGUGUGCGCUUCCCACGAUGCUACCCGCUCACCUUGAGCCUUGCUCUCGCUAUCUUCCUGUUCCACUGCAGCGACUGAGUGUCAUGAACCUACCAUGAACAACAACAACAACAGCAACAACAACAACAACAAGAACAACAACAAGAGCAGACACCGCUCAUGCAUGCGUUCUUCCUGCCGCUGCUUUCCUUUCCACACACCCGCACAAUCACGCCGCUAGGCACAUGUGUCAGAAGCACGGCAUUGCCCGCCAUAUUCACCGAUUGUCCACCAGGACCACCACCUCGCAUGAAGGACUCCCUCAGAUCUCUCUCAUCCAUCACAACAGGGAUGGCCUCCUCGCCGGGCGCUCUGCGUGGCAGGCCAGGGAUCACAUCCUUGUCGCCGGGCCGUGACGAGCUGGUGUGAUGGCGCGUGUGGAGCAGGGGCAUCUGCUGAUGAAUGGCUGUUGUUGCACGCAUGCCUUGCGCGAGAGGAAGAAUGGGUGCUUCGCUGCUCCUCCUGCUUGUCAGCGUUCCGUGCUGAGCAAAAGACCGCCUGUACGAAGCCGCUUCGGCAGCUGAGAUGCUCAGGCGGCGCAUUCGAUGGAUCUGACAGAUCUCCGUGGUGGAUGAAUAGACGAGAGUCACCAGGGGGGCAAAAAGAUG